CCUCAUCCAUCGGUCGCUACCAUUGUCGUCAUUGAUCACUUUCAUUUCAUUGCCAGAAAUAUGACUAACAUUACUCAUUCUACCCCGGACUCCCAUAUGCUGGAUUUGAACCCCAGUUUCAGACUUAUUGAUCUACAACUGGCUCAUGGAGAUCCGACACCGGCUAACUCGCAAUGGGCGUUCGAGCUGACAAUAGCGGGAGAAAAGCAACAUACUCAACGAUGAAGACCUCCACAAUGGCCACAGUGACCAUCGAUCACUCUCCAGCUCCGUCACGACCCGUUGGAGCGGCUCCCCCGCCGUCCUCUCGUCCCCCGGUCCUUCAGCCAUCCGACACGACGAAAACACCAUCAAACUCCCCGCUCCCCGAUCCCAACCUCGUCAACCCUCGUCUCCUCAUCAAUGGCGCGUGCAUCUAUGAGCGUCACCUUCCUGGGGACGCCUAUAUCACGGCGCGAGUGCAGCGCCUACAGCAUGGAUAUUACUCCAGCGCCGCCGUCUCUAACCAAGACGUCAAUCAUGUGGACUUUCUCGGGUUGACCUUUGUCUUCCAUUCGCCCAACACGUUGUCGCAUCGUUUCAAGGCCGCGACCAUUCGCGCAUCCGUCCACGGUUCCAGGGAGUCCUCGAGAGCAUCGUCUGGAGGCGGUCGGAGCCGAAACAACAAUCCUCGGUUCCUGAUGCACGCACCGCACCUUCUUUACGGCGCGGUAUCACCGGAAACCAUGCAGUGGAACUACAGCCUCAGCGGGUCCCUGGGGUUUGCUGAUCUGCCGCUGAUCGCCAGCCUGUCGCCGAGCGGGGGCAUGAACGGACGGUACAAACGGUACGAGAUGAUGCGCAUUCAGGGCUCUGUUCGGUCGCGGAAGAGCCCCCGGGGCCGCAAAUACGAUGUUGAAGCCGGCGAGGUUGUCUGGUCCCUGGAGGAAAAUACGCUGCAGCGAUCGGGACUCCCGCGGGAGUUCACCUUCGCUAUGCUGAUCCAGAAACCCCGCGCGGACAGCCGGGUGCAUUUCGCGUUGGAGGUUGAGCCAGUGCUGCAGAGCUGGUGCUGCAGUUAUCCCGGGUUGCUGCUGGGGUUGCCUUGGUACAAGCCUGUGCGACGAGGACCGGUGGACUUUCGCGAGCAGGUGGGCCAGCGGUUUGAGCCCGUCACUCAGGAUAGGGGGUUUAAUUAUGCGGCUCUGGAGAGCUCAUUCGAUGACUACGUUCAGAUGCCGGGGCGGAAGCUUGCGGCUGGGGUAGGUAAUCUCCUCAGCUUGAGCCGACGGGUUCAGUGGCUAACGAAGUUAAGGUAUCCCCCGACGGUGGAAUAUUCCAAGACGACAAUGAGAUCCGACGAGACGUGAAGCGAGACUUGACUAUGAUCGAUCCGCUCGUGGCUGCGCCCAAAAUACCCGCCACGGCGAAUGCUGCCUGGGAGGUGGUGGGCA